CUGAGCCCGCCUCCUAAUCCUCCGGCGGAGCGGCUCGGGGCCCCAUUUUAUGGCAAUAAAGCGACUUAGCGCCUGCUGAGCGAGCCCCUCCCCGCCGCCGCCCCCGCCCUCAGCCCCACCCCAGGGCUCGCCCGCAGCGGCGGGGCUUUGUUUCUGGGGAGGAGGACCCGGAGCUCUUUUGUUUGGGGGUUUUCUGUUUUCACCCCCACCCCACCCUACACACACCCCAGCCUCACCCCACCCCGCCCCAACCCCCGCGCCUCUCGGAUUUCCUGAGCUGCGGGCUGCAAAGGGAAGAGAGCGGCUUCUUGCAACCCCCUCGGCUGGGCCCCGGGGUAAUUCGAUGCGGGCCUGGCGAGGCUCCCCACGUUAGACCUGGGCUCGCGUCUCGACAGCCUCCACCCACCGGCCCACCCUACAUUUAGCGCAUCAUGUGAUCUGGUGUGAAAAGAAUACAAUACAAACACCACCUUAUCCUCAGCAUGAACUAAGAACUAGAAGUCUUCGUGUACUUGGAUCCCUAUCAAGAGUCCACACUUCUCAUUGGUUUCAUACUCCUCAUGUCUGUGGGAAGUCAUAGAUGUAAAUAAGUCCAGUUUGUUAUUGUUGGUGUGAUCUAGAUGAAGACAUCAUUUCCAAAUUCUCUGGAUAGCAAAGCCUUUGAGAAUCUCCACACCCUUGAGAACAGAAUGCUAAUGCUUGAUGGGAUGCCGGCCGUCAGAGUGAAAACAGAGCUUCUGGAAUCUGAACAAGGGUCUCCAAACGUCCACAACUACCCCGAUAUGGAAGCUGUUCCCCUGUUGCUAAAUAAUGUGAAAGGGGAGCCCCCAGAGGACUCAUUGCCUGUAGAUCACUUCCAGACACAAACUGAGCCAGUGGACUUGUCAAUCAACAAAGCCAGGACCUCCCCUACCGCUGUUUCAUCCUCCCCAGUCUCCAUGACAGCGUCCGCCUCCUCACCUUCUUCAACUUCAACCUCCUCCUCAUCUUCUAGCCGUCCAGCCUCAUCCCCCACCGUUAUAACAUCAGUAUCUUCAGCAUCGUCUUCGUCAACAGUGUUAUCUCCAGGACCCCUCGUUGCCUCUGCCUCUGGCGUGGGCGGCCAGCAGUUUUUACACAUCAUUCAUCCCGUCCCACCUUCCAGUCCCAUGAACUUACAGUCUAACAAACUCAGUCAUGUUCAUCGCAUCCCUGUGGUGGUACAGUCGGUGCCGGUGGUCUACACAGCCGUACGGUCACCUGGAAAUGUGAACAACACUAUCGUUGUGCCGCUCCUGGAGGAUGGGAGGAGCCAUGGCAAAGCACAAAUGGACCCCCGAGGCCUAUCUCCCAGACAAAGUAAAAGUGACAGUGAUGAUGAUGACCUGCCAAAUGUGACCUUAGAUAGCGUUAAUGAAACUGGAUCCACGGCCCUUUCCAUAGCCAGAGCAGUCCAAGAGGUCCAUCCAUCCCCAGUAUCCAGGGUCCGGGGAAACCGAAUGAAUAACCAGAAAUUUGCUUGUUCAAUCUCACCGUUUAGUAUUGAGAGCACAAGACGCCAGAGACGAUCAGAAUCCCCAGACUCCAGGAAACGGCGCAUUCACAGAUGUGACUUUGAAGGAUGCAACAAAGUAUACACAAAAAGUUCUCACCUGAAGGCACACCGGAGAACACACACAGGAGAGAAGCCCUACAAAUGCACGUGGGAAGGCUGCACCUGGAAGUUUGCCCGCUCGGAUGAACUGACCAGGCAUUACCGCAAACACACGGGAGUGAAGCCAUUCAAGUGCGCGGACUGUGAUCGCAGCUUCUCGAGGUCAGAUCACCUGGCCCUGCACCGGAGGAGGCACAUGCUGGUGUGAGGAAGGCUCCCGUAGUCCAGCUGGGCAUAAGAGCUGGGUCUCUUAAAGAGCGACUAACUCAGCAGGGCUGAGCCCCCUCUACAGUGUUAACGUCAACAGCACCGCCGUCCCACGGUGCCUGAAACCAGAGCAGGAACAAGAAGGAACCCUUCUCCUUUCAGCCUGAAGGUAACCCCCCAUCAUGAUCACCCCGCGGAAGAGCUGCUGCAAGCACACUGGCCUGGGGGUUCAGCGCCUCAGGUCCUGAAGAGACAGGCAUUGUUUUUCCAUGCUCUGUCCUCUGCCGUUGGAAAGAUGUUUGUAGCUUGUACAUUUCCCGAGCUGGCCAGACACUCGGCUAUCAGUCCCUUAAAGGUCAUCUACCGCAAAUCGAUGUUAGAGAAGACCUCAGUUCGGAUGAUUCUUCCAUGGCACCUCCCCCACCCCCAAACCUUUUAGAUAAAAAUUUCAGUUCCUAUCUCAGUAAGCCAGAACACACAUCCAGUCUGUUACCAGCAAACAGCACGAACUAGAAAGGAAGGGGCUGUUGGGGAAGCUCCGGUACCCCAAAAGAAGGCACACAGAGGUAGCUCUCUAUGCUAGUCAUGGCGGACCUAGAUAGCGCUCACACCUUGUCUUCAUGCUCAUCUCCUGAAGAGAACCAAGAGUCUAUUCAUUUGUUUGUCGUUGCUUGUUUCUGUUCUGUUUUGAUCAUGUUUUGUUCAUCCGUCCCGGCAGGGGGGCAGAGCAGUUUCUCAAAGGCUAGUUCUGCUCUGCCCUGGCAUGGACUGGCAGAGGCGUUCUGUAGUUGAAUAGGAAGAGCCUGUCUAAAAAAAACCCGAUAACAACAACAGUCAUAAUCAUAACGACCGCCCCACUUCAAAUUGCAGUGUUCUGUCACGUAGGCAUCAUCUCUCCCUGCCCUUCGUGUUCGAUUACAAGGAAUCAAGGGGGAGGGGAGCUUUCUUAGACACACUGGCACCAAGGGAAGAGGUGGGGCUGCCCAUGCAAAGUCAGUGAGCAUGAAAAUGAGACAAAACAGAGGUGGAAAUAACGCUCCUCUGGAGGAGAAAAGCAAUAAUGAAUAGAAGGACUUUCCUACAAUUGCUCCACUGAGGACUCACGUUACCAGUUUUCAUACUUACUAAAGGGAUUGUAAAAACACCCCAGCAUUUCAGAUGUCUUGGCUCCAUUCAGAGGCCCUAGUGACGGCACUGAGGUCAUCUUUCUGCUCUUUGUCGUCCUACUUGCUCGAGUACCACGAGUAAAGAUUAUGCUCCUCGUUUCUCGCUUGGCAACAGUUCUUUUGGUGACUAGCUAGGCAGAGCUGAAGGUUAACUCUUCAGUCAGUGGAGCUGUUCAGCUUGGGCAUGAGUCCUUGGAAAGAGGGGUCCGUGGAGGUCCACCUUGGUGCUGCUUCUUCAACCUGGAGAGCCAAGAUUCCGACUCUCCCGUGGAUUCUUCUCUACAUGGUUCACUUUAUAAGCUGGCCCGGAAUCUCCCCAUGUUCCCCCAUUGGCAUCCACAGGGACAGAUAACUUGCUUAUCCUGGGAGAAGGAUGAGAAAGUCAGGUUCCAUUGUCCCCCUCAAAUGAAGAACCUUUUGUAUCUAGCAAAAUAUACAGGAAAAGCAAUACAUCCCCAACAAGCACUCAUUCCAAUAUAGUAUCAUAUUUUGUCCCCACUAAAAGCUGUUGUUUUCCCAGCUUUGUGUGGUAAUUGGGCUUGGUGAGAUUUUUGUUGUUAAGAUUUCUUUUUAUAGCUUAACUAUAAAGGUCUCCAACAAAGACCUUUGCAAUAUAUUUCAGUGACAGAUGCUUGAUUUGGGAAAUUGCACAAAUUAACCACAUAAUAUUCCUAGCUCAUUUUUAAAUGUCUGCACAUUCUAGAAGGAUGUCUGGUGACAGAGUUAUCCUUUAGAGUAUCCGUUUCUAAUUUGGGUGAUUGUAUUCUGACAAAGCAAGGACUAUAAACACUACUAGGAGAAUGGCUUGGGUUGGAGCGCUUUUAAAGGAGUUUUAAUAAAUGUUCAGGCAAAAGUAUUAUGAUUUACAGAUCAAGUCCUGGCUUCAAAAAUAUGUGCUCUAUAUUUUUUGCCAGGUCUGAAGAACUCAUCAGGCAAUUUCCUUCUAACAAGGGCUGCAGUUCUAUUGAUAAAUAGCUUCAGCUACACGGGCUGGUACUCACCAGCCAGUGCGAUUUUUUUUUUCCAACCAACUGGAACAUUUUUUUUUUAAUCUGUACUGUAUGCACUUCCUACUUCUCAUUGCCUGUUAUCAUUCAGAAUAAAAACAGGCUUCCUGAUGCAUGCCAGCAUUAGUAACUGGCCAGUGCAAAGAACUCAGACAGUAGCAAGCAACCAUGAUCUCCCCAGGCGCUGGCCCCAGAGUCUAGUUGGCAGGUUGGUAGGGAGUCACUCAAGUGAAGGAUAGAUUUGGCUUCAUUCUGUCUGCUCUCAUCAGAGCCAAUCCUUUUCCCACUGAGAGACAGACAUCUUGCAAGUUUUACAGGUAGAAUUCAUUGAACUGACAGGCAGGGGAAGCUUCCUGAGUGACAUCUUGAUUUAAAUUUAGCACAGAAUGAAAGGAGUUGCAUUUAACCGCUUAGGAAAGACUUGGGGAAGCAAGCUUUCCCCACUCACUCCCUGUAAGUGGGAAGCAGACUGUGAUGGUAAGAUCACUGAUGAAACCUGCCAUCUUUACAGCAUCCCCCUCCUUUUGACACAGUGAUGUUUUUAGAAAGGAUCUAAGCACAAGUGAACAUGUCUCUGAUCUGGCUCAAGAACUGAAACUCACUUGAAACUCAUCUAAGGGAUGUAAACAGUCCUGUUUGGUGAACUUCCUGGAUGUGUUUCCUGUAUAAAGGCAGGUGGUUAGGGACUGAAGGAAAUAUGAUAUCCUUGGGCACAGAAAAGCCUCCAGGCAUUUUAUGUGCAAAUCUAGCUUCUCGAAAAGCACAGUAUAUGAGAAACUAUUGAAAAAGGGAAAGAAUCCUGAAGGACUUCUUGGUGUUCCCUAAGCAGAGCAUGUUUGGGCUUCAAAUAUGAAGUGGUUCAGCUUGCAGCUAGGGAGCUCGUGUGUGGUUGAUAAUGCUGGGUGACAAGCCGGAAGAAAUGGUUGUCUCCCUGCAAGGUGAAGACCAAUGACAAGGGAGUUGGGCUACUUGAGGGUUUACAGAGAGUCCCUUAUAUUCUAACCUGAAGCUGUUCGGAGAGAAACUUCCCAUUCAGCUCCAGCCUCCUGCUGUCGAUUGCUUGGGACACUGCUUGAUUUGAAGUUUUGUUAUGGCAUUUAGAAAGAGGUUCCUGAUGGCUCUACCAUGGGAAUUAUACCACACUGCCUUUACAAAACGCGUACGCUUUUUGUUUUAAAAAAGUUGAGGGUCAGUUACAUGAGUAAAAUAAGCACUUUUAAAUAUUACUUUCAAGUUUAAAUGGGAUAGAGGAAGAUGAGUUAGGGGCGGGGUCUUUCAAAAUGCUUCACUGUUUACAAAUGAAAGUUCUAGGGGAUUAGAAAAGCUAUGUUCGUCAUGAGGGAAAUUUGGAAUAGCUCAUGCAAAGACUGUAUUCAUUUUUAUACAAAUUGUUUAACUCCAAAUUGCCAAUUGUGUCUGAAUGGAAAUGUAAGUCUGCACUUUGAGAUCAGUUCAUUAGAAUGUUAACGUGUCUAUGGAUAAAGAUGCAGUAUUCCGGAGUCUUACUUUGUUUAUUAUAUGUACCAAAGCUGCAAUUGACUAAAUCUGGUGAGGUGAGGCCUUCAGUAGUAUUAAUAUGCCUUUGUUUUCUUCUUGUGACUGCCUAGAAAAGUAGCUGAGAGGGUGUUCCAAGGCUGUUAUAUCACUUUUAUAUUGAGAAGUCAUAGAACCGAAGCAGAGGCAAUACCAGCACCCAUGCAGUCUGCCUAGAAAGCAUCGAAUGUGAACUGAUAUUGAUGAACCACCAUAGGCCCAGGAAGCCUUAAUACUCAUAGUUCAUACCCCACUCUCAUUAAGUUUGUCACAUAAAUGAAUGCCAUCAGCCAAAUCUCUUCCUUGACUUGUUCUGAGGUUGGAUUCCCUGCAGAAGGAACCGGUCUUGGUUUAGUCUCGGGAAGAGAUUUGACCAAUCAUGUCUUCCAUAUUACAUUUCUACUUGCUCCCACACUGCCUUUCACUUACCUGGACAGACACCCCCCCCCCCCCAACACAUGCACCUGUGUGUACACACCUGUACACGCAGCAGCCGACAGGCGACUAAAUAUCAACAAAGAACUUUUGUACAAGAAAUACUUUGUAAUAAUCCGUACUAUGUAGAAAUGUAAGUUAUUACCUGACUAGAGAAUCAGCUUAUACUACUAUGUAACUUUGCCUGCAUUUUAUAGUUAAGAAAUGUAUAUACAAAUUCAAAAUGCUAUAUUUUCACAAUUUCAUUAUAGAGUAAUGUCUGUUUAGCAAACCAUGCCCAUUGGUAUUUUAAAUAUGCUAAAUACUGAGCAAUUGCAAUAGAAAUUCAGAUUUUUCAUAAGAAAAUAAAAUGGAAGGGUACUGCAUCUUUAAAAAAAUAGAGUGAAGCUAUUUUACUGUAUUCGUAACAUAUGUGAUAGUGGACAAAGUAUUUUCAAACACGCCAAUUUUACAGAGGUUGUAAAUAGUUUGAUGACAUAUGCUGGGGGAAAGCUUCUAGCUUUCAUCACAAUAAAAAAAAAAACACUUAUUCAGCUAUGCCUUGUGUGUGGAUGGUACUCACAAUUGGUGAUGUUACCACCGAAAAUAGUCCCUCUUGGAGUUGAUGUUCUUGGUGCUUGGUCAGAACGGAGUGGCCGCUUGUCAUAGCUUAACCAGAAUGAUUUAAAACUCAGAAAACAUCAUUUCUUCACAUUUGUCUUUUCUUGAAAAGGGAAAAAUGGAGAUGUGCUUGUUCUAGAAAAAUCAUCUAGCAAUCAUUCUCUCUUCUCAGUAUCCUUCUCAGCAAAGUGGUUCUCAGUUGAAAAAAAUAAAAUCAGGUGUUUAUUCUUUAAGUUUCAGAGGGGUUGCUUUCCAAUGUAAGUACAUGUUGAUGAGGUUAAGUGGAUGGAUAUAGCCACAUAGUAAAAGACUCUGUAGUGGCAAUAGGAAAAAGUUAAUGCCCAUUUUUUUCAAAAACGAAUUAAACGCUGAAAGUGCCUGUCAAUGAAUAUGACCAAUGAGAUAAUCCUAUCCUUUCACACAGCAAUAAUUCUUCCUCAUACCGAGUUUUUCCUGCACGGUUUGAGCACACACAGAGUAAAUAUAUGCACAUAGUAAAUUAGAUCUGUUCCCACAAACCCACAGAAAAGGGCUUUCGUCACUUUGAAGUAUAAGUGACCCUAUUUGCAAUUAAUAUCUCUUAAUUUUAUUUGUCUUACUCGAAUAUGAUCGGGUGAAUAUGGGAAAUAAAGUUAUCUUCCGUGUACCUGACAAUGUAGAGCAAUUACAAUAUGCAGAUAAAGUGUACCUCACAUUUAUAACAGAGCUCUGAAAGACUUGCUCAGUUAAAAACGCUGAUGCACUUAGUGUGAAACAGCGAGAGACUUUUGUCUCCUUUAUCUUACCCACUUACAUCAGUGUGCAAGUCUAUCUCGUGGGCUUCAUUCUCUUUUCACCUAAUAAAUCCUGGUAUCAAGUAGAAUAUGGAGGUCAACACUGACAAGUCCCCCCCCCAAAAAAAAAUCUUGUGAUACUUGCAGAGGCCUUCGGACAGUUAUUUAGUUAAUCCUGGCAGUUACCUCAUUGUGUACAUUCCGAAGUUCACAAGUUUUUUUUCCUCAAAUUGUUUUAUGGCUACAAGUGGAGUCAUAGGUAGAGAUAAACAAUAAGACUGGACAUAGACACGAACCGGUGUGUUCUUCAGCCCUGCUAUCUCAGAGCAUGAAUUCACCUGGACAAGCUAUCGAGGCUACCAGCAAAGCUAUACUAGAGCAAAGCACUCAGUAAUAAUGGUUCCCAAUGUAUGGCAGGGAAUAAGCCUUCAGGCUUUAGUCAGUGUGGAACUGCAGUGGACAGCAUUCUCCAGGCCCCAACCUCAGGUCAAGAAGACCAUCUGCUCUUUACCCUACUCUAUUUCAUAGAAGAGGGAUGAGGACACAUACAUCAAGAGGGAGAGAGAGAGAGUAACAAAUAGGUGCUAUGUCACAGCACAGCUACCCUAUUCCCUGGUCACACUGACAUCAGACAUUCUGACUUCCUCCUCCCCGUGUGUUGUCUGAAAGUGCUGAAGUGCCAUGGGAGGUUUAAAGCUCACGCUGAGGGAUUUUAACACGGUCCCUCCAGUCUGUACAACUGGUCUCCCCUUCAUGUAAGGGAAACCAAGGCACAAUGAGAACAGCUGAGAUAUCCAGGGACACAGAAUAAGUCAAGAGGGCCUCCUGGCUCUGCAGCCUGUCUUCUUUGUAGUAUAGCACACAGCUUUGUUUCCUCAUCCUGGCUGCCAUGUUCCCAGUGUCUAGCUUGGGUUUGUUAUGAGAACCCUGUAGGAAUAUGAUCUAGCAGAUGAUUUAGCAGAUGAAUUGACAAUUAUUGUAGGAGGAGUGGGCCUGUUUUUGGUCUUGGCUGCCCUGCUAGCUUACACCUGAAAUAAUCACACAGAAACUAUAUUAAUUAAAUUACUGCCUGGCCCAUUAGUUUUAGCCUCUUAUUGGCUAACUUUCAUAUCUUGAUCUAAUCCAUUUUUAAUAAUCUGUAUAGCAUCACGAGGUCGUGGCUUAUCGGGAAAGAUUUCAACCAGCAUCAGUCUUGGGCAAGAGCUUUAUGGCAUCUGCUACAUUGCCCUUCUUCCCAGCAUUCAGUUCGGUCUACUCCACCCACCUAAGUGCUGCCCUAUCAAAAGGCCAAGGCAGUUUCUUUAUUUAACCAAUGAAAGCAACACAUAGACAGAAGAACCUCCUACAUCAGACAAUGGUACAGAGGAUUUGAAAUCCAUCCCUUCCUGGAAACUCACUGAUGGGCAAUAAUUCUAGACAAACAUUGAACCACAGACCUCCCUAAACUUGUUGAUUUCUUCCAAAUGUUUGCCCAGAACUCCCAAAAUCUUUGAAACCCUUCUUACUUAUUACUCUAAUUUAGUCCCAGGUAGUUUUUUCUCAAUUUUCAUAUUUCUUUGUAUGUGUAGUCAUUUCUUUUCUCCUAACACAGACCUGUGAUAACUUGUGCAAGGCUAUAUCUAAAACCCUCCCCUCUGUAGAGGUACUUCCUAACAGGUGUCCAUAGGGUGUUGAUGUCAGCAUUGAGAUGACCAGUGGACAGUUCCUUUCCAGGGUUCUCACAUACAGCACUGUCUUGGAAUGUUUUAAAUAAUCUCAUAAGUAAUUUGCUUAUAGUAUUGUUAGCUUGAGUCUUAUGUGGGGAGCUGCCUAACAUCAGAGACAUGAAAUCCUUCCCUUUCUGCAUAGAAGAAAGUCUCUGACAGUAUUGAUUCAUGGCAGUGCUAAUGGACUUUGAAAACAUUAAGAAUGCCAUUUCUUAGAGUGUUUCAGUUUCUGAAAAUGAAUCCACUGAAUUAUGAUCGUUCUCCCUGUUAGUUGGCUGGGGGAAGAGAUAAAAGCUGCAAAAGCCACUUCUCUUCCAUGCUGAAAGCAAGUGUCUAUGUCUCCCAUCUCCUGUAGACUUAGACUCCUGUCACUUAAUUGAGUUUCAACAACAAUUAUUUCUCCGAUGACAAUGCCACCACUCUAAGUGGGUUGACAAGAAAUGAAUAGUGGGAACAGGCACAUCAAUAACCUUUUCUUUCUGCAUUUCAUCUCCAGAAAUGUGAAGUGUUUCAGUGACUGCUGUUGUGAGUGAUUCUUUUUCAAAAGCAAGGUAGCCAAGUCUUUGACAGAGAUUAAUUUUUGUUGAGAAAUGAGGGUUUAUAGGAGAGAAUUCAGCUCCAAUUCUACAAGUAAAAGUGUCCAGUCAAUCAAAAACUAAGUUAUUUUAGGGAUAUUUUGACAUCUUCCUUUUCUGCUCAUUUCAUUAUCUAAAAAUACAACAAAAAACAUAAUAGAAAAUGUAUUUUUCCCCUACUCAUUUUUCUAGCCAUCUCAUGACAGAGUUUUGUGUUGUAUCCAGACUAUAGAGUACAUUUUGUUCCUCAGAUUAUUACAUUCAGUGAGUAUUACUGAACUGGGCACUGGUGCCUACAUACAAGGCUCUUUCCUAUCAACUUGUCUGUGUACAAUGUGUUGUGUUUGAAGGUUCGUUUUUGAAAACCACUGUCUCCCCCUCAUGGGGUGGUGUGGUGGUUGUAUUGUUUUGUUCAUGUCUAUGUGGGACACAUUACAUCACAUGGCAAACCAACUAUGGAUGGAUGUGAGAUAACUCCUUAAUAAAACCAGCUUGAAAACAUUGUCUUAUGUAUGAUGUCAUCCUGCUUCAGAAUGCAAUUAUAUGUAUCAUGAUCACUUUUUACAAAGAGAAACCAGCACAUUCGUGUUUGUCCAUAGAAGGAUGUACUAGGCACUGUCUGUGUUGUGAAAUGAUGAGAGCAGACCACCUUUAAGCUACCCACCUGCCACUUAAAAUGACUUAGUUAUAAUUAGUAGUAGUCUAGACAUUUCUCUUGGUGGAGAGGGUCAGUCAGCGCAGACGUCAUAUUCCUUUGAGUAAAUCUCCCAGUCGUAUCUGAAAAACAUAUGAGAACAAAGAAAACAUCAUCUUUGGCCAAAUUAAGCAGGCAUCUCUUUGAUUUUCCUCAACACUUAGCUCAUUACACACGGUCAUUCUAUCACAAGAUCGUUCUGUGUAAAAAUAUAAAAAAUGUCCUAUAGUUUGCGAAGUGGUUAUUCUAGGCUAGAAGCCUCUGCACAGCAAAGUGAAUAGCUGGGCUGCUUCUGAUUCAUUUUUAUGGAUCUAAUCUUACAACAAAACUCCUGGUAUAUGACCCAGAGAGCUAAGAGUGCCCAGAGGAGAGCCUACUUUGAAAGAUGAAAUCCCCCAAUGAUACUGGCAAGCAAAUGUGUUGAGUUCUUACAUCUUUGUUUGGCCUUUCUGUUCUGAAUUUUAAUUGCAAAUGAAUUUAUUUCUUCAGCUUAAACAUCUAAUUUCCUAAUAGUUUCCUCUGCAUUUAUAUACUCUGUAGUGUUUAGGCAGCUCCUGUUAUGAGUUUAUUAAUAUUAUGUAAGUGUUGUUCUUGUAUUUAUGUAUAGUGUAUGUAUUGUAAAUAUACUCAGAGCUUUUUCUUUUACUGUAAAAUGGUGAUUUUUUUUGCCCUAUGAUAAUGAAAAGGGAGACUCUCCUAAUGAGGUUCUCUCAGAAGAGUAUUCCAUUCUAUUCUCAGAGGUUUAAAUGAACAAGUGUUAUCGUUUUCAAUGGUGUCUCAGACAUAUUCUGUUGGUGCAUUGCUUUUCUGUAUUCAACUUUCCUAUGAAUUGAGCUGUGAACUGAAAUAGAGUUUAAACCUUUAUCUGUAUGCAUUUGUAUAAUUAUCUGAAUGAAGGCAUGAAGGUUAAAUAAAGCAUUUUGUAUGGAA